AUGAUCGAAGUCGAUGUUUGUACGAAAGAAAAUGACGCCGUUGAGAUGAGCGCUGAUGGACGUCAUGGUUUGAAACGAACUCGUUCUCCUUCUGAUACAGAUCCUAUCAAGAAAUCAAAGGUUGAAGAAGACGAUGUCACGAUUUUGGAUGACAACGAGUCCAGUCCGAAGAGCUCAGGACGUGUCACGCCUUCACUCGCAACUUCUGCUAUUGGUACGGUAACAUCCUCUAAGAAAGGAACACCAAAAAUGACGAAAGAGGAAAGAGAAGCAGAAAAGGCACGAAAAGCGCUGCAGAAGAAACUGAAAGAGGAGGAAAGAGAGCGGGCAAAGGCUGAAAAGGAAAAAAUAGCUGAAGAAAAACGUCUGGAAAAAGAAAAAAAGGAGAGAGAAAGAGAGGAGAAACGAAAGGAGGAAGAGCGAAGAAAAGAAGAAAAGCGAAGGGAGGAGGAAGAGAGAAAAGAGCGCAAACGCAAAGAGGAGGAAGAAAAACAAAAGAAGAAAGAGGAAUUGGCCCAAAAGAAGCGUGAAGAAGAGGAGAAGAAGGAGGCGAAACGCAGGGAAGAGGAGGAGCGUCGUGAAGCAAAACGACGAGAGGAAGAGGCGAUUGAAGAGAAAAAACGUCGCGAAUCAGCGAACUUCAUGAAAUUUUUCAACAAAGUCGAGAAAAAGAAACCGGAUGUGGUUGCGAAGGCUGAUGAAGAACUUUGGUACAAGCCAUUUGAGAUCAAAGAUGGAAUGACGCUUGCUCCCAUACAGAGGCGACCAAUUCUUAAGCUGGAAGAAGACAUUCUUAAACAACAUCCAGAGGUCUCGCAAACAUCCUACCUGUCAUCAUUAUCAAUUAACCCGAAAAAACUUAUUGGAGCUGCUGUAAAUCCUAUGCGUGCGAAACUGUACCAGUUUCACGAUAACUAUCGUCCACCAUAUUAUGGUACUUGGCGCAGUCACAGCAAAGUCAUCACGGGUCGACGUCCGUUCUCUGCCACAGAAAAGAAUAUCGAUUAUGAAGUGGACUCGGAUGCCGAAUGGGAAGAAGAACCAUCUGACGCCGAGGAGUGCAAGUCAGAUGAAGAGGACGACACAGGCGGUGACUCGGACGUCGACUCGGAUCACGAGGCAUUCUUCGUGGAACCCGGCUACCUCUCUGACGGUGAGGGCGACGAGGCAGAGGAGGAGGACGUCGAGUGCAACGCAGAGACCGGCGCCCAACACGACGACUCGCGAGACGCAGAGGAACGACGCGAAAGGCUGGCUGCGCGUGCUCGCGAAUGGAAGAGUCGCGUGUUGGGCCGCAAGCAGCCGACCGUACUGGUGCCGCGCUGCGUGGGCCCGACCUACUGCGCCGCCGCCACCGCCGCAUCGCAACCGCUCGCCGCACUCACCGUCGUGCUGUUCUGA